AUGGCAUAUGGAGCAAACGGUUUAGAGACAUUACGGUCUCCAAAACUCGAAGGACAUGCCUUCUUGUUUCGUAUCCCAAACGCUGAAACUCGCAAGCAUGUUAUCUCUCAGGGGCUCUGGCAUUUUUCAAACGAAGAUGGCCUUGAACGGAUAGCUGGCUUGGUUGGACACCCCAAGUACCUCCAUCCCGCCACUGCAAACAAAACCAUACUGGACGUGGCAAAGGUUUUCACUAUUAUUGACCCAAGAAAACCGCUCCCGGAAGCGGUAAACGUGCAGUUCGACUCUGGUGAUAUAGCUCGUGUGACAGUGUCUAGCCCUUGGAUGCCACCGGUCUGUACUCACUGCAAAGAGGUUGGCCACACAGUUAAACGCUGCCCCUCUGCUCCGAUCACCUGCAAGGGCUGUAAGUCAACUACACAUUCCUCGGAGUCCUGCCCCCGAUCAAAGGGCCAUGUCCAUAAGAAAGGAGAGAAGAAGCGUGAUCAAAAACAGAACCUGAAACAUAAGAAGAAGCAGAGCAGGAAGGUAAAACUCCAGAGGAUCGAGGCUCACCAGAAGAGAAUUUCGCCACAGAUGAUCCUGGAAAUUAAGUCAUCCCUUCCAUCCACUUCAACAGCGCAAGAAGCUCCUACUAUGCAAGGAGAGUUAUCUGUCUCGGAAGUGGAAUCGGAUUCAUCUGAUGUGUUCUCCUCUGACUCCGAAGAAGAGGAAGGACAAUACAUCCCUGUUCGAACGAAGAGAAGAUCCAGAGGAAAAAUCUGGAUUACUUGGCAUCCUAGUGUUCAGAUGAAUGUCUUCUACAAGUCUCUUCAAAUGAUCUGCUGUGAAGUAAAACUCCCUGAUUCUGCUACUUCUAUGAUUAUCUCUUUUGUGUAUGCUUCUACUGAGGAGUCGAUUAGGAGAACUCUAUGGAAUGAUCUUCUAACUGUUGCAGCAGACCAGCGGAUUUGCGGCAAACCUUGGGCUGUUCUCGGUGACUUCAAUCAAGUUCUCCGCCCUUCUGAGAACUCAGUGGCCACCAACCCAAAAAUAGGACCUGCCUACUCGUUUGUUUGCAGACUCUCUCUCCCAAGCGGGCUUGCAGAUCUCUCUUUCAGAGGCUCCUCUCACACUUGGUGGAACAAAAGGCGCAAUGAACCGAUAGCAAAAAAAACUACUAGAGUUUUUAGUAAUGAAGAAUGGCUGCAAUCGUUUCCUCUAUCCCUGGCAGUCUUUGGGGAACCGCCUUCUCUGAUCAUGCUUCCAUGUCAAUCUCCUUGCAAACUGUAUCAGAGGCUCUGCUAUGUUUCGCUGGCCAGAAAAUUAAAAUCUCUAAAGAAGGUGAUAAGGGAGUUCAGUAAGGAUAAUUUCUCAGAUAUUGAGAAGCGAGUUAUCGAGAGAUCGAGAGUUACUUGGGCAACAGUUGGGGACAGGAACACUCCAUACUUCCAUCGAAUGGCAAGCGCUAGGCAGUCCUCCAAUCAUAUUCACUACCUAGUUGACGAGGUGGGAACCAGAUAUGAAUCUCAAGAAGAUAUUCAGAAUCUAUGUGUCAACUACUUCACCAAUCUCCUUGGAAAGCCGGUUGAGCCUCCUCUCUUUAUUCAGGACGAUAUAUCAUCUCUCUUGGAGUUUUCUUGCUCUGCAACUCAGCUGACAGGCUUGCUAGCUCCCUUCACAAGUGAAGAUAUUCGGGCUGCUUUCUUCUCCCUUCCUCACAACAAGGAGGAGAAGUCUGCUGCAGUUGCUGAGUUCUUCAACUCAGGAAAGCUCCUGAAGCAGAUGAAUCUGCAAAAUCUUGUGCUCAUCCCUAAGAUCACGAACACCUCAAAGACUUCUGAUUUCAGGCCUAUCUCCUGUCUAAACACCUCCUAUAAAGUCAUCUCAAAGUUGCUAGCUGAGCGCUUAAAAGGGAUUCUCAACGCAGCAAUUGGACACUCUCAAUCUGCUUUCCUUCCAGGCCGUCUCCUGUCCGAAAACGUUCUCCCUAGCCACAGAGAUAGUCCACGGAUAUAA